UACCCGUUUACCAAUAUUGUUAUUCACUGACUCGUAACUAUGUUCUAUUUACCUUUAAAAAUAAUGCCUUCCUUGUAUUGAAAUAUAGUGACCAUGAACUUAUAUCUUAGUGUUAAAUCAAUAUUUAAAUAAUGUAUUAAAAUCGUAGGUGAAAAUCAAAAUUAUAGAUUGAAAAUGGGUGUACUAUAGUUACUAACCGAUUAAAAUCAAUAACGGACAGUUGUUAUUAGUUGUUAUUUAUAUGAACUCUUGUUCAUGUGUAAGUACAUAUAAAGAUAUAAUCCUGAAGGAAUGGAAAUAGUUAUACAUUGAGAAAAUGUAUAAACGGUAUGUGUUCACAGUGGAAAAAAUGGGAUGUUCUAGCAGUCAACCAUCUCAACAAGGAAAUAACGCGUCAGGUCCGAGAACUGCGCCAGAGAAGGAGACUGACAAAUCCACAGUAAAGCCACAGGAGCCGGGAGCAAGUGCUGUGACAGCAAAAGAUGGGGAUCCAGCCAAAAAACCCUUAACUGAACAACAGAAAGCCGAAUUUAAAAUAUAUCUGGAAGAGCAAGCUAAACUUGCAAAAGAGUUAGAGGAGAAAAUAAAAGAAACCAUGGCACUAUUGCUAAAGAAGGAAGAAGCAAAAGUCAGUCCGAAAGAUGCUUUGAAGGCAAAAGCUAUUGUUGGACGUAUUGACAUGGAAUGUCCGUCACAAGCGAAAAUUGUCCGUAUCUUUACCAGCAGCACAUUUACAGAUACAAAACAAGAGAGAAACAUGUUGAUGAAGUAUGCCUACCCAAAACUAAAGGAGUAUUGCCGGAAAAUAGGUUACGAGUUCCAAGUGGUAGACAUGAGGUGGGGGAUCCGAGACGAGGCUACUGACGAUCACAUGACAACGGAACUUUGUCUCAAAGAGUUGAAACUGUGCCAGAAACUCUCAACCGGACCAAACUUUGUUUCUCUUCUCUCCCACAAGUACGGAUAUACACCAUUCCCAAGAGUGAUAGAGUCUGAAGAAUUUGAGAAAAUAUUUAACAAUGUCGAGGAUAAAGGAGCAAAAGAUCUAUUUCAAAAAUGGUAUAGGAAGGAUGAUAACUCUGUACCCCCAGCAUAUAUACUGUUGUCCGUUAGCACACAUAUACCUGAUUUCCUCAGCGAGGAUGAGGAAAAGAAGAAGGUAGCAAAGAAUAAAUGGUGGGAAGAGAGUCAAAUCAUGCAAGAAGCCCUGUCAGAAACAGCCAAGAAAGUCUUUGAUAAGGAAACUGCCAGAAAAUAUAUUCAGUCUGUAACGGAAACGGAGACAGAAGAGGGGCUUAAACCCAAUAUGGCGAAAGAUCACUUUCUCUGGCUGAAUAGAAAUAUCGAAAACAUUGAGAAACAAGAAAGCAACUACGCUCUGUCAAGAUAUAUAGAAUGUACUGGUCCAGAAGAGAAGAUCCAAAGAGCCAGGCAAAUGUUGAAGGAAUUGAAGGAAGAUAAAAUGAAAAAAACACUAGACCCUUCAAAAAUUCUUAAUUACAGCGUCAACUGGAGUGAUACUGGUAUUGAUCCAAAUUCGUCAGAAGAGCACAAAAAGUACUUAGAAUCACUAUGUGACGACUUUGUACAGCACAUGAUUGGCAUGGUGGAAAAGUCUGUAGCAGAAAAAGAUAAAGUCACUGACACUCUGAUAGAGGAGUGCCUUCAACACAUUCGAUUCUGUCAAUCCAAAUGCGAAGGCUUUACCGGUAGAGAAGAAACAUUAGAGAAAAUCAAAAGCUACGUGACAGGUUCCGGUGCAGGAGGGAACCAGCCGCUAGUGUUACACGGAACCAGUGGUACCGGAAAAACCUCCAUACUCGCCAAAGCAGCUGAGAUGGUUAGGUCGUGGAUGAGUAAACCGCCUGUUAUCAUUUUGAGAUUUUUGGGAACAUCCCCAGACAGUUCUGAUCUAAUGUCGCUGCUUUAUAGCAUAUGCUGUCAAAUACGACGGGUCUAUAAUCUUAAACCGUUACCAAGAACACAGAACAUAACGGUACAGAUAAGUGACUUUAAAUUGAUGAUGUUGAAGAGUCGUCCUAACCUGCCUCUGGUACUGAUCCUGGAUUCUCUUGACCAGCUAGACCACGCCUACAAUGCUAGACAAAUGACCUGGUUGCUUCCCAAAUUAACAGCCACAACGAAAGUGAUUCUUUCAACAUUACCGGAGCCAAUUUACCAGUGUUUCCCAGCAUUGCAGUCAGUCAUCACCGCACCAGAAAAUUUAUUGGAGGUCCCAGUGCUUGAAACAACAAGUGUGAAAAGCAUUCUUAAUAAGUGGCUAGAAAUGCGAAAUAGAAAACUGACAGACGAACAGACACAAGUGAUAUUGAAAGGUUUUGAGAAAUGUCCUACCCCUCUUUUCCUGAAACUAUCGUUCGAGGAAAGUACAACUUGGACAUCAUUUUAUCCGCUCGAGAAAACCGUGCUACAAUCUACUGUACGAGAAAGCAUUGAACAUUUGUUCGAAAAAUUGGAGAAGAUGCACGGGAAAAUUCUUGUAACGAGAGCGCUCUCUUAUCUUACUUUAGCGCGCAACGGAGCUUCCGAAGCUGAGCUCGAGGACAUUUUGUCGUGUGAUGAUGACGUGCUCAAUGACGUGUACAUGUAUUGGACACCUCCAAUGCGGAGAUUACCUCCCUUACUAAUUGUAAGAGUUAGGAAUGACCUUAGUCAGUAUUUAGUUGAGAGAGGGGCAGAUGGGACACGAGUACUAUACUGGUAUCAUCGACAGUUUACGGAGGCUGCCGAAGCACGUUAUUGCUCGGAUCCUGAACAAAAUAAAGUCAUCCAUUCAAAUCUGGCUGACUUCUUCAACGGAACCUGGGCUAACGGUACCAAAAAGCCUUUUACAACAUCUAGUGGGCAGACAGGUGAAGAAGAUCGUCACGUGUCCGCUCAGCCUCUGAAGUUUGGGGAGGACUACAAUAUUCGCGCCCUCAGUAACCUCCCUUAUCACAGAAUUCAAGCUGGUGAUGGAAAACUUCUAGAACAGCAAUGUCUUGCUAACGUUUACUUUUUACUGUCGAAAAUCGGAGCCAUGCCUCUGACAGCAACGUUGAAUGAUUUUGUCUCGGCGAUUGAAGCAUUUCCCGACAAUCAGCUGAUCAAGAUGAUAUAUGAUUCCAUGUUGUUAUCUCAGAAUGGUCUGGUUAUUGACCCCGGACAGAUUGUCCCUCAACUUCUUGGGAGAUUGGAGGAAAAUGAUGUAAACAAAGAGUUCAUAGCUCAAUGUAGAGCAUAUCAGAAAACCUUUAUAGAACCGGAAGAAAGAAUCCUUGAGAGACCAGGGGGACAGCUUAUUCAUUGUGUAGCAGCUCACAAAUCUGACAUCGACAUGAUGGAUAUUACCAAAGAUGGCAAUCUUGUUGUCACUGUUUGUCAGAGUGACCAUGAAAUAAGUCUGUGGGAUAUAAAAACAGGACAACAUAAGCGGAAAGUUUUGGGAAAGAAACAGUGCACGAAAGCUCUGUUUUGUUGCGGUGACAAAUUGAUAGCUUGUGAAAUGGAUAAGACUGUUUCUGUGGAGGAAGUUGAAACAGGAAAGUUAUAUUGCACUGUCAAUCUACCUGGAACUACAGCCAAUACAAGCAUAUGUGUUGCUGGGAAGGACAAGUGUUUACUGUUGGCAUUCACACAAACUACCUGCUUUAUAUAUGAUCUCCAUGACAACGGGAAGAUUAUCAAGCCUUUGUUACAUCCAGAAAAAGUGAAAUUUGGAAGCAUCAGCUUAGCUGAAGGUACAGAGAACUUUGUUGCCGUGACCGAUUCAGAUCAACAAUUUAUCACCGUCCUUGACCUUAAAUCCAUGACCUUCAUGAAAAAGUUCCGAGGUUUUGAGAUAAUCUAUGACGAGGAUGGUGAAGAAGAAGAGCACGAAGUUGAGGCAAUUUCCAUACAUCCCGAUGAAACCCAUCUAGCAUAUACCACUAUGUUUACCAGUGAAAUCAUAUUUGCUGAUUUCCAUGGAAACAAAAUAAAAAAUGUGCCAGAGAAUGCUGACCGGACAUUUAGAAGUUUAGAUUUUACACCAGAUGGGAAACAUUUCUAUGUCCAGGAUUCAAAUCAUCUUAUUUUCUUCAACACUGCCACUUUAGAUGAAGUCGACGUGCUAGAUCAUAGUAAAGAUUUGGUAGCAGCAAAAACGGUAGACAUGAAAACGGUGGUCUCUGUGGCUGAUGACAGUAAUUUACGAAUCUGGGACCGGACAAGAAGCAAACAAACUACUACUGACAGCGUGGACAAUAAUUUUUCCCAAAAGAUAAAGAUGCUAAUGCAAAUUUGGUCAUUGGAACCUACAAGAUACAUAUUCGUAGACGGUACAGCAGCUAAGAAGGGCUCAUCAGAUAGACUGUUUGGCGUUUAUGAUUGCAUCACGGACAAGUUUAUCAAAAUUCGAACAAUGGUGGAAUUCAAUAACAAACGCUGCAAAGUAUAUCAGAUUGAUGCGACAAGGGUUUUGGUAUUGCUGAAUAGAAAACUAUUUGUCUUCAAUUUGAAUACUAUGGAUAUAGAGACAAAACUUCAAGGCUUCACAGGAAAAUAUAAGAGCGAUUUUAUAUACACGCCACGAAAUCAACUAAUUUGUCAUACAAAGGCAAGCAAAAACCUUAAAAUCUAUGACCUCAGUACGGGUAAGGUGGUGUGCGUCUUAAAAGCGGGCCAGACUAUGGAUGUAGAGUCGUUUGUAGUGAAUAGCACAGGAACAGUUGCGUGCGCAUCGACUGAUGAAGGGCCGCUUAUUCUAUAUGAUCUUGUGGACCAAAAAGUGAUGUAUACCAUUCCUUCAAAACCCGAUUACGACGAGUUUUUCGGGGUGUAUAAGUGGAUAAAUGCUGAAGGUACACGACUUAUUUUCAGCACGGAGGGCAUGUUACCUAAUAUGACAAAAGGGGACAGUGUUGAUCAUCUCGUAGUUUGGGACAUACAAAACAAAAAAGAGUUGUUUAGAAUGUACGACAGUGUAUAUCAACAAAAAUAUAAGGCACUGAAAAACAUGGACGAUACAACAUCGGUGGAAGAGCUUUGUCAACUUGACGAUCGCCGGAUGAUCACACUGAAUUUUGAUAACAUUCUUCGAGUAUAUGAUUUGGACACUGGAAAAUUGCUGCAUAGAUUGGAGGGACAUACUACGUCAGUCAGAUUACAGCUGCACGAAAAAUCUCCAUACAUUCUUACAUACGGCAGUUUUAACGAGGAAGACUGCAUUCGACUGUGGGAAAAGACAACUUAUAAACAAGUUGCUACAUUCUCGCUUGACAAGACGGUAAGCAGCUUUUUUAAGUAA